GUAGAUAUUUUGGCGCACAAAUAAUUUUAUAGCUUCGCAUACUCGUAUUUUUCGAUUCAUGUAAAAUUAAAGGGAAUUUUCUAUAUUUAAUGAAUGUAAAUAGUUAUUAAAUAAUUAUGUUUUGUGAAAUUAUUUUAUUAUUGUAUCAAUAACAAUACAAACUUAUUGAAAACGGUAUCUGAACUUGUAUGCAUACUUUGCAAACUCGCCGCGAGUGUGAAGCGUUAGCGGUUGUGUGUGGUGUAGUACCUUACAUAUUUCUACUUGUAUCAAUUUUCAAAAACAAACGACGUUUUGUUCGUUACAUUCUGGAUCUUCAAGAUAAUAACGGAAAGAAAGGCGGGAAGAAGAGAGAGAGCGAAAGAAGGAAAAGUUAAAAAAUGAAGAAAGAGUUAGUGGUGCUGCGUGUUAAUAUGUGUUGUGGAUAAAUGCAUCCUAAAGUGAUUACAGUUUAUUUUCAUCAGCAGUUUAUAAGAGAUAAUAUUCCGAGACGUUGCAUGUUUACAAAUUCGACUUGAAAGGACUUAGUGAACGAUUUCAUCCGUGUAUAUAAACUAUCAGCAAAAGUAUAGCGAACAUUGCAAGAAUUUUGUGAUUCUUCCAAAAAGUCCUUAUUGGAAGAUCUGUGAAGCGAUGAGUGAAAUUUCGUUAUUUUAAUGUUUCGUGAAAUUUGAUAUUUUACAAUGGCUUCUAAUAUUCCAUCUUUCCCGCGUAUGCUAAAAAUGCUGCGGGAAAAUAGUAGUAUUAAGGAUAAACGCGAAGCUUUAACCUAUAUUCGUAGCAGCAGCAAGAAGUUGGAACAGAUAAAAGCCAUUAAAGAAGAACAAUACAAAGAACUGUAUAAAUUAGUCAUUGAUGUAUUUACUAAUGGAAACAGUGACAUACAAAAUGAAGCAUAUGAAACAUUAAACGUUAUCAUUCAAGACUUUAAAGAUCAUUCUUUGAAUUUGUUUGAAACUAUGUCACAAAUAAGUCAAAAAAAUAGAUUAAAAAUUCUUAAGUUAUUAGAAAUAGUCGAGGACAAUGCUAUAUCGAUGGUUAUUUAUGAUACGCAUAUUGUGAAUUUUCUUAACAAUUGUAUGUGUAUGGUACAAACAAGUACAAUGCCAUGGAUAGCACCAAACGCAUGUAUAGAUAAUAUUCAAGCAUUGACAGAAGCAGAAAGCAAACCAUUAUCGGAUGACCAAAGAUUAGAAGAAGAAACAAUUAAUUAUUGUAUGAUUUUGUUACGAAGGUUAUACAAAGUGGCUGCGAUAACAUCAGAUACACAAGUUCAGAGGUUCAAUGCAUUAUUAUUAGACAAAAUAAUGUUAUUAGCUUAUAUGGGUCAUAAGCGACAACGAGGCCCUGCUUUAAAACUUUUAGAACAAGCUCUUACUACAGAUAUAACAUCACACGUUCGUUCUAAAUUAUCAGAAGCAUGGUCUCAAUAUAAAUUGGCAUUGCAAUCUACAUACUGCAAACGUAUGUUACUUUUGGUAUCCGCAUGUGAAUUAGAUUGGGCAACGCAAUGGAAUAUAAGUAUUCAAUUUCUUGGAAUGGAUCUUCAUCGUGGUGCUGGUUUAAUAAAUAAUUUACUAAGUGUAGAAGAGAAGGCAUUUAAAUCUACAGACACAGUUAUACGCAGACAAGCAUUUCUCUCAUGGAAGUUACUGGUGGAUAACUUUGCUUUAGAUCCACAAGAACUUGCUACUGCCAGACGAAUAAAGUUGUUGUGUAUUCCAUUAAAUGCUAAAAAUAGUAAAAGUGAAUUAAUAGCAUUGACGAAAUUAGAAGUCUGGUGGCAUGUAAUUAUCAAACUUUACAAGGACAUUCACAAGUUUGUUAACCCAGUGGUUACACAAUUCUUAAAUUUCUGUUUUGGACCUCUCGGAGAUACACCGUUAUUGUCAUCGAAAUUUGAAAUAGUAGCUUCACCAGGAAAAAGAUUUUAUAAGACGAAAAUUAUUGCUGUAGAUGCUCUAUGUCAACUUCUUGUCAACAACCAAGAAAAUACUCCAGUUUUUUCACCCAUUUUGGAAGAAAGACUUCCGCACUCUAUAACGAGUUCUAUUUUUCAAGAUAGUUAUAAGAGUGUUAUUCAUAGCGUAGGAGAAGCUUGGCUUGUUCUUAGUCAACUUACAGAUUCAGAAAUGAAAAAUAGAUACCAACUUAGUAAAAUAUUGUGGGCAAGUUUAGUUAAUUAUAUACAGGAAUCAAAAACGGAAAUGAAGGAUUUAAUAUAUAGAGAUUUGAUCCUAGUUAUCACAGAAUUAACGAAUUGUGCUACAGAUAAGCCAAUGAUAAAAAAUUUAAUUCUUGAUACAAUUCUAUUCAAUGUUGCUGACCUUAAUAAGAAUUUCAUUUUUGAAGAUGAUGUAUUAUUAGGAUUGAUAUUAAAGCUUAUACAAAUUCCACUAUUGAAUGAUGCUAAGAAGAGUCACUAUGACAUACUGAAAUGUUUGUUCUGGCAAUGCAUUAAAUCUGAAACAAGGAAUGAAUAUUAUUCCCACGCAUUCAAAUGCUUGAAAGAAAUAUAUGAAAAAUUAUCCACAUUGAUAAGUGUUGAAGAGAAAAAUGAGACUGUCAUUUCUGAAUUGUGGCAAAUUUUAGCAGAAGUAACAACAAAGUACAUGGAUGAUUUUCAGGAAAUUAAUGAAGGAAAUGCUCUAGAACAUAAUUUCAAGACUGUUGAAUCAAUAGUAAUAUUUCCAUUUAUGUAUUUGUGUUCAGAAGACAACAAACAAGCGCAAGAGUUAGUAAAAGUUUGGAAAUCUUUAUUUAAACAAUUUGAAAUGCGAGCAGAUCUCGUUGAAACUGUCAAAUCUAAUGAAAUUUUAUUAAAUAUUUCAAACGUUAUGCAGGGUUGCAUAGUGAAAAAUGAGAAGUCUUGUUGUCUUAUUACAAAAUGUUUAGAUAUUUUGUUAAGUACUGUCAACUUCAAAUUUUUACUAGCAAAUGUAGAAGUUCCAUCUGUUAUACAUCUUAUUGUAGAUCUUAUAGCUUGUAGUUUAUCUCAUAAAAAUGCUACAGCUUGUGAAUCUGCUCUCAAAGCACUCUCUGCAGUGUUAAUUACAAUUUAUGGACAUACCCCUCAAAAAGUAAUAUCAUACUUGCAAGUUUGUAAACCAACGGUCGAACAAAUUCUUUCAUCUAAACUGGAGGAAAUAAGUAAAGAAGUAUUGAAUACAUGGGAGAUUAUUGUUAGUAUUUUAAAAGGUCUUAAUAAACUGGUUGAUUAUGAUCUUAUUUUAUCAUAUAAAAAAGCCAUUAUUUUCGCUCUGAAUCAUAAAAACCUUGCCAUACAAAAUCAAACAGUAUCAUUGUUUGAUAUUAUGAAUGUGUUAAGUGGAAAUGCUAAAUCGAUAUUACAAGAGAUAGAAAUGGAAGCGGGCAAAGAUAAAAUAUCACGUAAAUCGGAUGGUACAAAGAAGAGUGAUCUUAUCAAAUCAUCGAACCAAAUUAAAAUGGUUGGUAGCUUUUUGAAUAGACGUUCUUGUAGUCCAAAAUCUACAGUUAAAGAGAGUGGCAAAAAUGAUAAGAGAGUAUUACCUGACUCUAAUUCUGAGGAUUACGUUUUCAUCAAGAGUGAUUAUAAAUUUGACGUUAGUCGUUUGACUGAACAUCAAAAAGAAUCGUUAAAGCGAAGGAGGGAAGAUAUUCCAGCGCUCUAUAACGAUUUGUCGCAAUCUUCUUCGCAAGACACUCAAAAUUUGCAAGAGUGGUUCGACAAGAGAAACGAUGCUUUAGCAACAACGGAAAAAGUAUUUAUGAAAAGAGAUAAUAUUACAAUAAAAAAUAUUAUAAACGAUGAGGCGAAUAAAGAGAACAAAAUCGAUAUGGAAGAAUCAGAAAUGAUAGAUAAAGCAGCUAUUCAAAAUGAUGUGAAGUCAGUAGAACACGGACAAAAUACAACGGUAGAAUUUGUACAAAAUUCGAAGGAUAAUGUGGAAAAUGAUGAAAAUAUCCCUAUAACGGAUGCAAAAGCUGUUGCAAUAGAGACUUGUGACAAUCUAGAAGUAAAAAUGUCAUCAAAUUCUGUAACAGGUGACGCAAAUCUUGCUUCACAAGAAGAGCGUUUGAUAAAUAAGGACAACGACCAAAGACUAUCCCCAUCCGUAUUAGAUAAUAGCAAACGACGCAGUCGUCAGGGUACGAUUGUAACUAGUACUUCUACGAAUUUAGAAGAAACUAAUAGUCAACCGGGACAAUCUAACAUGGUUACAGUUGGAGAAAGGAAAUUAAGGAAAAAAAUUAGUCCAAAGCCAAUAUUAGUUAAUAAACAAAGACUUUCGAUUGGUAUGAAGAGUAAGUCUCCUGACAUAGAGAAAAGAGGUAUUAAACGAAAAUCAAAUUCGGAUAGUGAAAAUGAAAGUUCUCAUUCACGUAGACGCAGUAAAACUAAAGCAAUGAUAAUAAACUAUGACACUCCUACUGACAGUGAUAGCUCGAAAUCUACAGAAAGUGAAAACCCGACAAUGAAUUUGGAAGGAAUAAUCGAGGAUGGGAAUCUCAGUCAACGAACUAGGAAUGAAAUAUCUCGAUUACGUAUAAACAUGGUAUUUGAUAGUCCUUUAUCAAACAGUCGUCGAUCCAAGGGUCACGAAGAUAGUAUUAAAGAUGGUGUUGCUAGGAAACAGUCACCUGAAUGUAAAGUACCCAAGUUGAAAGUUGCAGAUUUAAAACCUGGUGAUUCUCUAAAGAAAAAUCAAAAAAGUAAUGACAAAGAACUGAAUAAAACUCAGUAUGUAAGUAAAAGAGGUAGAUUGAUUAAAGCGAAGUUUAAAGUGGAAAAAAACGGUGAACUUACUAAAGUUGAAGAUACAAAAAAAUCUUCACAAAACAAAACGAAAGAGUUAGGAGAAGAGAAGAAACUGGGAGAGGAAAGCAAAGAGGAUCGUAGUGUACAGAUAGAUGUUUCAAGGAUUACAGUAGACGGUAUUAAUGGUAAUGGGGGUGAUAAUGGAAAUUUGUAUGAUGUUAAUCAAGUCAAUAAGGCUAAAGUUGUAGAAUCUAAGGAUGAUGAAUCUAAUACUGAAGUAGAAAAUAAAGAUGUUGAUUACUAUGAAAAUGUUGACAUAAUAGAAAAUUCACAGGAAUUAUCUGAAAUACAAAGGAAAUGUAAUGAAAAGCAAUGUUUUAUUAAAAUUAAUAAAAUAGGUGACCCAUGUAACGCAGUGAAACUUCCUAGCAGUACAAGCGAUAAUGAAAUAGCGACAGAUAUUGUUUCGAAUAAUUGUGAUAAUGACAAUAACGAAGUUCCUAAGGUUAAUGUUAAGGAAUCUGAGGAAAACAUGGAAGUUGAUUCCAAUAAACCAAAGACAUCGAUUUCGGUUGCUGAUGGUAAUCUGUAUGAUAAUGAAAAAUAUGCUGUAGUUGAGGUUCAAAAAAUGAACGAGGGAUCGUCAUCUAAAUAUGUCCUUGGGUUUUCCUCUCCAAAAAGUAAUACAAAGCGGCAAUUAAAAUUUAAAACUUAUUCAGCACUAGGUCGUGCGGCGCAUAUGUUAGGAUUAGUAACGAAACAAGCAAAAUUAGAAUCUGAAUGUAAUCCUGUAACUGUAGAUGACGAAGCUGCAAUAAAAAAAGGAAAGCCUAAAGAUAUAGAGAGCGAGACAGGUCUUGGAAAAAAGGAGAAAGGUUCUGCGUUUAAAGAUGUUGAAAAAGUAACAGCAACGUGUAGUAGUCGACAAGAGAAAAUCUUUAAUAAUAUGAGGACAUCUGACUAUGGUCCAUUACCUUCGAUCAAAUCAUUCUCCAAUUUGAAGAAUGACGGUGAAAAAGUUUUCCUGAAGACGGACAAAAUGGAUCUUGCACCUGUUCAAGCUGAUGUUCAAGUUGAAAAAGUGAAUGAAGAAUCUGUAAAUGAAACAGAGGAAUUGCCAAUUUUAGAAUGGUCAAGUGCAAAUCCACCUUCCUUAACUGCAUCUCCCAGUGUUAGUAUUCUUAAACGACAACGGCAGUCUCUACCAGAGCCAGAUCCAGAAUGUACAACUCCUAACAAGAGAAAACGAGUAAGUUUUGCGGAUCCUCCAGUUUCAAAAGAAAUGGGAUACGAAAUUGCGACUUCCGAUUCUCCGCACAAACUUAAUAAAUUCGUUUCACGUGGCUUGUUGGGUCGUAAGGACUCACCAUUCAGGAUGAAGCAGAUCAAGCCGAGAUUGAUACACAUUGAUUCCGAGAAGAUGGACUGUGAGGAAGAAACAGACGCAGCGAGUACAUCAGAAGUAGAUCAACAAUGCGAAAGAGAAAACGAAUUGUUAACGAAAAUAGCUGAAGAACUAGAGUAUUCAGGGAACUUCGCAAUGGACACCGAUAGCUCACAAAUUUCGCCUGAUAGUGAGAAGAAUGACUCACCGGACGCAAGUCCUGUGGAAGAUAACGCUCGUAACAAAAUUAAUAUCGAUAAUUUAAGCACUGAGCUUGAAAUCACGCAAAAUACUACUUUCUCUAGACACACAGAAAAUAAGGACAGUAUGACGGACGCUGUUAAGGAACCUGCUGUUAACACGGAAAAUGAUAAAUGCAACGUAAGUGAUACCAACGAUGACAUAUUCAAUGAGAUGGAUGCAAAGCGUGACAAUGCGAACGCAAUAAAUAAUGUCAGUGCCGAGAUAGACGACGGACACAAUGUUCCUUCCGUUCAAAACAACGCAGAGAAUUCUCUGAAAUAUAAUAUUGCGAAUGAUUCGGUCAUACCGAAUAUAUUUAAAGACCAUUCGAAUUCUGAAAAUUUGGAGGACACGAUGGACGUAGCGAAUCUCUCUAGCUUGAAUUCCACGGCGAGCUCGGAGGAAAUUUUCUGUGGAAGGUUGAUACGAACUAGUACACAAGCAGUGGACACAACAGGGGAGCAAGAUACUUUGCCUGUCACGGACUCGGUACUUGGAACUUUACCGUUGAGUCAUGACAGUCAGAACACAAGCGAAUUCGACGCAGAAAUCCCUCAUCCGGAGCUCUUAGAUUCUACGCAUCCCAUACACCCGACGUUGAUCUCCUGUUCAGAACCUAUCCAGUCUGUUAUCGAGAAAUUAACGAACCCUCUAUGGGUAUCGCAUUUGUCCACGUACCUCUCGAGUAUCAACAUCGAAACUGUCGGUAACCUAGCGCGGCUAUCCGAGCGCGAAGUGAACAGAAUUCCCGUGAAAGGUAACUCGAAAGUUGAUUUUGUGAAGAGUGUCCUAAAAUCCUUUGAGAAAACGUAUAACAUGAAGCAAGCGGGCAAUGCAACGGAACGCUUGAACGAUCCUUCGACCAGCGAACCACGUCUUAAUGUAAAUACGAAUGUACCUGUAUCCGAAAAGGAAGUAAUGACUGAAGGCCAAGCGUUGAGAGCUUCUGAAGUGACUCCGAAUGAAAUUAGGUAUGGAACUGACGAUUCGAAUAUGAACGUUGACAAAAUGUCGGAAUUGUCCAAAAUUGCGACGGAGAUUGGUUUACAUAAAACUUCGAACCAACAUGCAUUGAAGGUUUCAUCGUUGACCCCACAACUGGGAGCUAAAACCAAAUCAUCAACCGUUACACAAAUGACGAGCAUACCAGUAUCAUCUAUAUUAGAUAUUGUACUUCCAUCUCAAGCUGAUGGAGGAAUCUCUUCCAUCUCGGAAGCAAUUUCUGCUUCACACAUGUCAAAAACUAUUGAUGCUUGCACUACCCGUGACUCUAUUCAUUUACCGCAAUCUGUAACACCUAAGGUUACCAAAUCCACCGAAGUGCAAACGGCUUUGGAAGAUCUUCUGGAUGAAAUCGAUGUUAAUUUGGUAUUGGAAAGCGCAGUUAGAAGAUGUACACCAGAGAAAAUUCUUAUGCAAUAUAAGAACAAAAUGAGACAUGUGCCACAAUCGGAACUGGAAAGAGAGACCAUAAGAAUGCUUGGCAGUGAGAAUAGGCCCAACUGCAAUGAGACAACACUAAAAUUCGCUUGCCGUUCCUGUGGAAUCAACAAAGUGUUGUUGCGGCUCCCUGAUAUUUUUUGUGCUGAGAAGCAAUUUUUCGUUAAAGUGUUGAACGCUUAUCGGCAAAAGAUAAAGACCAGCGAUUGCAUGAACAUCCUUGAUUUCACUGAAGUCAAGGACGCCGUUUGCGAGAAAUGUACGUCCUCAGAGUUAGCUGAUAUGUUGUCGAAAAAGCUGAAAGCAGAGGAACAAGAAGGAAUCAAAAAGCCCAUGACCGAAUUGUCCAGCUUGGAUGCCAUGUUGAAACGGUUGCCAAUGGACGUGAUCAUUAGCCACACAGUGGCGAAUGAUGAGCUGAUCCCGUCUCGCCUUGUGUUGGACAUAGCUCUGCAGAACAACAGCCCCAGCGACAUAGCGCAAGCUUUGGAAUCUCAGUCACCUGUCGUAAUUAAAAAUGUUUUCGACAAAUUGUGGUCCGACCAGUUUGCUGUGACGCACAUUGGCGAGAGUAACGGCUCUGACGAGGGACUGCUAAAAAUUUUCAAAGCCGUUUGUUCGAAACUGAGCAAGAAAGAUCUGCUGGAAGCAUUUUAUGAAUGUAUGAAGGACAAGGUAACUGUAAACGAUGAGAGAAACUAAAGAUUAUGUGUUAUGUCAGAUCGCUUUGUGGUCUACAUGUGUUUUCGAUGUUCAUUACCAAUAUUGACUAUAAACAUGUUCAGUUUCUUUUUCUCGAUAAUAUCCACAUUACUGGCAUAUAUUAUAUAUUCUUGCAGUUAUUGAACUAUAUUUCACGGAUAGCUCUUUAUAAAAAUGGUAUUGCAUCGUAGCUUAGAAUUUCAUUACAGAAUUUAAUUAGAAUACUGUGUGCUUUAAGAGAAACAGAAACAGUUCUUUCUUUUUUUAUUAUAAUAAUUUCACGUUUUCACGCGCAAGUUGAACGUACAUUAAACAUUAUCAAGAAUAAUUGAAAUGAGAGUAUAUUAACCAGAACAAUUGUUAUAUUUACUUUUUUAUAAAUGUUUAUUACUAAAGGAAGCAUCACGUUUCAUUAAAAAACUAUAGUGUAUCAGCAUCUUCAUUUUGCCAUUAAUUUUUUCAGAUUUUUUUUCCAAAUUUAAUAUAAAAUAAACUCGAAAUAUUGUUUAAAGUAACUUUGUUAUUAAUAUUGUGUAACAUGAAUUUAAAAGAUCCAGCAGAGUUGUAACGAAACGGUCAACAUUCUGAAAGUAUUAAUAAAUUUUACAGACAUGUUACUUCUGUUUCUUUUGAAAAAAGGAUUAGUCAUGUUAAGUGUUAAUUAAGUUACUGUAGAAGUUUUUUCCUUUUCUAGUAAAAAUUCCAAAGAUUUCACUAAAUUAAAAAUUAAUGAAUUGAGAGACCAUUAAAUGAUAUCACGUACUACGUUUUUACUUGUAAUCCAUUGAUUGGCAUGUAGUACUUAAAUUUUUCUAUCCAAUUGGUUUUCAUAAUAUUUAAGAGUAGACUAUUGUAUAUAAUACACAGCUAUACUAUAUAUAAUAAUACUUGAUGGAAAAUACUAAUAAUUAGCUUGUUCUGUAUUAGUUAUAUUAUUAAUCAAGUAUGGCAGAUACUAUACAUGAUACAGGAACGGUGUAAAUGCUAAUUAUUGAUUUUCUCGAUUUUUUCUUUUUAAUUUAUGUUUUUGUGUUUAUGGAAUCUGAACUUUAGUAUGAACCGUGUAAUAUCCAAAAUUAAGUUAAGAAAUCAUUUUCAAAGUCAUUUUCCGCGCAAUUUUCGUAUAUUGAUUAUUUCGCAGAAACUGGUAUCCCAUUUGACACAUAAUAAAUCUGAAGUGCCGAGAAAUUUUACAUUGCGUAGAAUAAAAAUAUUUCAUAUAUUUUUCAUGAUAUGCUUGUAACUUGAUGUUGAAAUUUCUACAGAAUUAAGAUAAAUAAAAUAA